CGUACUGACACUGAUAUCCCUCUGUUACCCUGAACUGACUCAUUAACUAUCGCGCACUUUUGGGUCGUCCGCUGCCUGAAAAAUUCAUCGGGCUGCAAUAUAAAGAGCCGGUUCAGCACCACUAUUAGUUAGCAAUUAUAAUCUGGUCACUAUUAGACAGUAUAGAACCUAUAAACUAUAGAUAACUAUAACUUAUAAGCUAUAGAAGAACAACUGCUUAUACACUAUGUCGGAAUUAAUUAGACAAACAUUUGCUAAUGCUAAGGCUCAAGGUAGAAAAGCCUUAGUUAAUUUCAUUACUGCUGGAUAUCCAACUAUUGAAGAUACUUUACCAAUCUUAAAGAAUAUGCAACUGGCAGGAGUUGAUAUUAUUGAAUUAGGUAUUCCAUUUUCUGAUCCUAUUGCCGAUGGUCCUACUAUUCAACAAGCCAAUAAUGUUGCCUUAGAUAAUGGUAUUACUGUUCCUAAAUGUCUUGAUUUAGUUAAACAAGCAAGAGCUGAAGGUGUUGUAGUACCUAUUAUUUUAAUGGGUUAUUAUAAUCCUAUUUUAAAAUAUGAUGAAGUUAAAUUUGUUGAAGAUGCUGCUAAAGUUGGAGCUAAUGGAUUUAUUAUUGUUGAUUUACCACCUGAAGAAGCUAUUAGAUUUAGAUCUUUAUGUAUUAAAAAUGAAUUAAGUUAUGUACCUUUAGUUGCUCCUGCUACUACUAAUGAAAGAUUAAAAGUUUUAGGUGAAAUUGCUGAUUCUUUCAUUUAUGUAGUAUCUAAAAUGGGUACUACUGGUGCUUCAAAGACUGUUUCAUUUGGUAUUGAAGAUUUAUGUGCUAGAGUUUCAAGUAUAGUCGGUAAAGAUAUUCCAUUAGCUGUUGGAUUUGGUGUUUCAACUAGAGAUCAUUUCUUAGCAGUUGGUAAAGUGGCUGAUGGUGUAGUUAUUGGUUCAAAGAUUGUUACACUUAUUGGUGAAUCUCAACCGGGUCAAAGAGGUAAAGUUGCUUAUGAUUAUGUAAGAUCCAUCUUAGGUGAAGAUUAUCAAGUUCCUGAACAAGUUGUUCUUACUAAAUCAGAUUCUUCUUCUACUUCUACUUCUACUUCAAGAGAAGCUAAACCAAUCAUUGAAGAAACCCAUAAAUAUAAUCCAAGAUUUGGAGAUUUUGGAGGUCAAUAUGUUCCAGAAGCCUUACAUUCUUGUUUAGCUGAAUUAGAAAAAGGUUUUGAAGAUGCUGUUGCCGAUCCAAAAUUCUGGGAUGAAUUUAAAUCUUUAUACUCUUAUAUUGGUAGACCAUCAUCAUUCCAUAAAGCUGAAAGAUUAACUGAAUAUGCUGGAGGUGCCCAAAUUUGGUUAAAGAGAGAAGAUUUAAAUCAUACUGGAUCUCAUAAGAUUAAUAAUGCUUUAGCUCAAGUAUUAAUUGCUAAAAGAUUAGGUAAAAAGAAAAUUAUUGCUGAAACUGGUGCAGGUCAACAUGGUGUUGCAACUGCUACUGCUUGUGCAAAAUUUGGUUUAGAAUGUACAGUAUUUAUGGGAGCAGAAGAUGUUAGAAGACAAGCUCUUAAUGUAUUUAGAAUGAGAAUUUUAGGAGCUAAAGUUGUUGCUGUUAAAAAUGGUACUCAAACUUUAAGAGAUGCCACCUCUGAAGCUUUCAGAUUUUGGGUAUCUAAUUUAGAAACUACUCAUUAUGUUGUUGGUUCAGCCAUUGGUCCUCAUCCAUAUCCAACAUUAGUUAGAACUUUCCAAAGUGUUAUUGGGCAAGAAACUAAAGAACAAUUUAAAGCUUUAAAUAAUGGUAAAUUACCAAAUGCCGUUGUUGCUUGUGUUGGUGGAGGAUCUAAUUCUACCGGAAUGUUUUCACCAUUUGAAAAGGAUUUGGAAGUUAAAAUGUUGGGAGUUGAAGCUGGAGGUGAUGGUUUAGAUACUGAUAGACAUUCAGCUACAUUAACAGCCGGUAUUCCUGGGGUCUUUCAUGGAGUUAAAACUUAUGUAUUACAAGAUAGUGAUGGACAAGUUCAUGACACUCAUUCAGUUUCUGCUGGUUUAGAUUAUCCCGGUGUUGGACCAGAAUUAGCCUUUUGGAAGAGUACUGGACGUGCUGAUUUUAUUGCUGCUACUGAUGCUCAAGCUUUACAAGGUUUUAAAUUAUUAUCUCAAUUAGAAGGGAUUAUUCCUGCUUUAGAAUCAUCUCAUGCCAUAUAUGGAGGGGUUGAAUUGGCUAAAACUUUACCAAAAGAUCAACAUAUUGUUAUUAAUGUAAGUGGUAGAGGUGAUAAGGAUGUUCAAAGUGUUGCAGAAGUCUUACCUAAAUUAGGUCCUGAAAUUAAUUGGGAUUUAAGAUUUGAAGCUGAUCCUUCUAAAUAAUUUCUAAAUAACUAAUUAGAUUAUAACAUAUAUAAAUAUAUU